AAGGACGAGGAGAUCCAUAAAACCAGGCCCAGUUCUCAACCUCACAUCUGCCACAAUGCUGCUGCUCAGCCUGACCCUUAGCCUGGGCCUCCUUGGCUCCUCCUGGGGCUGCGGCAUUCCUGCCAUCAAGCCGGUACUGAGCUUCAGCCAGAGGAUUGUCAACGGGGAGAAUGCAGUGCCAGGCUCCUGGCCCUGGCAGGUGUCCCUGCAGGAUAGCAGUGGCUUCCACUUUUGCGGUGGUUCCCUCAUCAGCCAGUCCUGGGUGGUCACUGCUGCCCAUUGCAAAGUCAUCCCUGGCCGCCACUUUGUUGUCCUGGGCGAAUAUGACCGAUCAUCCAAUGCUGAGCCUUUGCAGGUUCUGUCCAUCUCAAAGGCCAUCACGCACCCUUUCUGGAACCCUACCACCCUAAACAAUGACCUGACACUACUGAAGCUCGCCUCCCCGGCCCAGUACACAAAACGAAUCACACCAGUCUGCCUGGCUUCUCCAAAUGAGGCACUGCCUACAGGCCUCACGUGUGCCACCACUGGCUGGGGACGCCUCAGCGGCGUGGGCAAUGUGACCCCAGCACGGCUGCAGCAGGUGGCUUUGCCCCUGGUCACUGUGAGUCAGUGCAGGCAGUACUGGGGCUCACGUAUCACUGACUCCAUGAUCUGUGCAGGCGGCUCAGGGGCCUCCUCGUGCCAGGGAGACUCUGGAGGGCCUCUUGUCUGCCAGAAAGGGAACACGUGGGUGCUUAUUGGCGUUGUCUCCUGGGGCACCAGCAACUGCAACGUGCACAAGCCUGCCAUAUACACUCGGGUUAGCAAGUUCAGCACCUGGAUCAACCAGAUCAUAGCCUACAACUGAGACUACCACAGGCCCUCUCCCCAUCUCAAUCCAAUAAAGACGCCAUGCUCUGU